AUGUCAUCAAAAAUUGAAAGAGCGUUUUCCAAACCCGCUUUGAAGGUUAGGGGAGGUUUAGAUAAACUUCCAAAGAUUUAUAAUGUUUAUUUCAUUGCUAUGUUUUCUACCAUCGCUGGUAUGAUGUUCGGUUUUGAUAUUUCUUCCAUGUCAGCUUUUAUUGGUACUGAUUCAUAUAAGAGAUUCUUUGAUAAUCCAGGAUCAGAUAUUCAAGGUUUCAUUACUUCUUGUAUGGCUUUAGGUUCAUUCUUUGGUUCCAUUGCAUCUUCAUUUGUUUCUGAACCAUUUGGUAGAAGAUUAUCUUUAUUGAUUUGUGCAUUUUUCUGGAUGGUUGGUGCUGCUAUUCAAUCAUCAUCUCAAAAUAGAGCCCAAUUAAUUAUUGGUCGUCUUAUUUCUGGUCUUGGUGUUGGUUUUGGUUCUUCUGUUGCUCCUAUUUAUGGUGCUGAAUUGGCUCCAAGAAAGAUUAGAGGUUUAAUUGGUGGACUUUUCCAAUUUUCAGUUACUUUAGGUAUUUUAAUUAUGUUCUAUCUUUCUUAUGGUUUAGGUCACAUUGAUGGUACUGCUUCAUUUAGAAUUGCUUGGGGUUUACAAAUUGUCCCAGGUUUAGUUUUAUUCUUUGGUUGUUUCAUUAUUCCAGAAUCUCCACGUUGGUUAGCUAAACAAGGUGCUUGGGAUGAAGUUGAAUAUAUUGUUUCUAAGAUUCAAGCUAAAGGUAACAAAGAAGAUCCAGAUGUUAUGAUUGAAAUUGCUGAAAUUAAAGAACAACUUUUAAUUGAUGCUGCUGCUGCUAAUAUUGGUUAUGCUACUUUAUUUAGAAAGAAGUAUAUUAGAAGAACUUUCACCGCUAUGUUUGCUCAAAUUUGGCAACAAUUGACUGGUAUGAAUGUUAUGAUGUAUUAUAUUGUUUAUAUUUUCCAAAUGGCUGGUUAUUCCGGUAAUGCCAAUUUAGUUGCUUCUUCAAUUCAAUAUGUUUUAAACACUAUCUGUACUGUUCCAGCAUUAUAUUUCUUUGAUAAGGUUGGUAGAAGACCAUUAUUAAUGGGAGGUGCCGUUAUGAUGAUGAUUUUCCAAUUCGGUGUUGCAGGUAUCUUAGCUACUUAUUCUGUUCCAUGGGCUGACAGUGGAAAUGAAGCGGUUAAUAUUAGAAUCCCAGAAGAAAACAAGUCUGCUUCCAGAGGUGUUAUUGCUUGUUGUUAUUUGUUUGUCUGUUCCUUCGCUUCUACUUGGGGUGUUGGUAUCUGGGUCUACUGUUCUGAAAUCUGGGGUGAUAACCGUAUUUCUCAAAGAGGUAAUGCUAUUUCUACUUCAGCUAAUUGGAUUAUUAACUUUGCUAUUGCUAUGUAUACUCCAUCAGGUUUCCAAAACAUUUCUUGGAGAACUUAUAUUAUUUAUGGUGUUUUCUGUAUUGUUAUGGCAGUUCAUGUAUUUGUCGGAUUCCCAGAAACUAGAGGUAAACGUUUGGAAGAAAUCGGACAAAUGUGGGAUGAAAACGUUCCAGCUUGGAGAUCUGCUUCUUGGAUACCACAUAUUCCUAUUGCUUCAGAAGCUGAAUUAGCUAGAAAGUUAAGUGUUCAACAUAAAGAAGAUGGUGAAGGUUUAAUGGAUACUAAUUCCGAAGAGAAGGUUUAA